AUGGAUAUUUGGCGAGGCGACCAUGACUUUCCACCAGAAAUCGAGACUCUUGUCGCCAACUAUAUGCCACCGUACUAUAUUGUCGCGGAUUCUCGAUGUAUUGUCCCAUUUUCUGCAACAAAUUCCCACGCUAGAGACCAUGCAGAUCAGGUGGCAUCACGUGCGAAAGGGGGUGGUUUUGAUGAUCAAUGUUCACUUCACGCAGCAGCUCAAUCAGGUAUCCCAGUGCAGACAUUCUCGGAACCUCCUGUCGGCUCACUUAUGGAAGUUUUAGCUUCCCGAUUAGCUCGCUUUACUCGACAGAUGAUUGCCCAAGGAAUAACUUCGACUGAUGAAAUGCUUCAACAGGAGUCUAGGCGCCUUGUCUAUGGAUGUGAUGAUUCUUGGAACCAGACUAUCUUUGAUAAUCUGGAGUGGCUCGCCUCCUUUCGACGCCAGCACAUUGGACAGGACCCUCCGUCGGAUGCUUUCCAACUUCCCACCGACCUAGAUGGUCUUUCUUUAGCGAAUUUGCGUCUGCGGAAUAAUUGA